UACUUGCUACCACCCCUCAGAUCAUGGUUCUCCCAGCAGAGAGGACCUGUAACACCGAGUUGAGCUGUUCUGCCGCUGCCAGGAUCCACUUCUCGUUCGCUGUGUUCGUUCGCACUCAUUUCUGGAAUCUAUUCUUCUUAGCAGACGAGAAAAAAAAGUUGAUAUCCUAACGAUACGUGUUGCAGACCUUGUGUUUUAUUGCACAGGAUUAUCUUCAACCCAUAAUGAUCUGAGAUCCGUGCCCUGCUGUCUCGUGCAGGGGCCGCGCUUUGUGUGUACCGUGGAACCUUUUGAAGUGCGCUGCAGAUCCCUGGAAAUGGAGCAGUCAGAGGCUCGAAGCAAUUUUUCUGAAACUUCCGAAUUACCCGAAGAGGAGGCGGUUGACCCCCGAAUUCAGGGAGAGUUGGAGAGGCUGAACCAGUCUACAGAUGGCAUCAACCGGUGGGAGUGUGAGCUGGAGGACUAUCGGCAGCGGUUCCGCGCGGUGCUAGUGGAGGCGACAGUCAAGCUCGACGAGCAGACGAAAAAGAUUGGACGGGCCGUGGACGACUCCAAACCUUACUGGGAGGCCCGCAGAGUGGCCAGACAGGCCCAGCUGGAGGCCCAGAAAGCCACGCAGGAGUUCCAUCGGGCCGUGGAGAUCCUUCGUGCGGCCAAGGAGACCAUCGCCCUGGCCGAGGAGCGCCUGCUGGAGGAGGACAGCCGGCAGUUCGACUCGGCCUGGCAGGAGAUGCUCAACCACGCCACCCAGCGGGUGAUGGAGGCGGAGCUAGCGAGAACACGCAGUGAAGCGGAACACAAGAAGACGGCGGCCAACUACAACUCCUGCAUCGGUCACAUGAAACAGCUGGAAAAGAAACUCAAACGCAACAUCAACAAAUCUAGGCCGUACUUUGAACUCAAAGCAAAAUAUUACAUACAGCUCGAGCAACUGAAGCGGUGCGUGGACGAGCGGCAGACAAAGCUGGCCUCGGCCAAGGCGGAGUACCGCACGGCGCUCAGUAACCUGGAGGCCAUCUCAGAGGAGAUCCACGCCCAGCGACGCACGGCGCUCUCCACGGCGACCCGGGAGCGAGGCGUGGGCUCAGACGGCGACGGCGAGGGCGACCACGAGGACAUCGCCAACUUCAAGAUGGAGUCCGACGGCUUGUCCAUGUUGUCCGUGUGUAUGGACGGCGAGGGAGGUCAAAGCGCCAGCUCAGAGGAAGAGACAGACCCCAGCGCCUCCUCCUAUUCGUCCCUAGACACAACCUCCGUCGCCUCCUCCUCAUCGCCUGCCUCCUCCUCCUCAACGUCCUCCCCCUCCACACAUCCUCCCCCCUCUGCCCGUCCAGACCCUUCAAACGCCUUGACCGUGCCCUGCCCAUACCCCUCCUCUUCGUCCCUCUUCGUCCUGUCGACCGCACCCUGCCCGCUCUCCGGCGCCUGUCCCAGCUCCCUGGAGCUGCGCUGCACCGGGGAGGCUCAUGGCCCAGACUCGCUGUGUGACUCUGGGCAUGUGUCUCCUGUGCUGGGCCCCCGCAGCCAGUGCAGUGGAGCCUCCUCCCCCGACUGCGAUUGUGACCAGGAGAGAGGCGACAGAGCAGAGGGAGCGGAGGCAGCCCUGGAAGCAGGUCUGAAGAAGCUAACGUUGACCGCGGCGCACGCAGACGCCCGCCAGGACGACAACCCCAGUAACCCGGACAACCCAGAGGAACUCCUCCCUACCCCAGCGACUCCCACCGUUCAUGUCCUUGACAGCCUCUAAAACAAAGCAAAACAAACCCCAAGCUCAAUGUGAACCCCUUAUUCUCUGAGCCCCGAGCGAAGCUAUAAACUGUACGAGGCGUUGAGACGAAAAAGUAAACGCACUGCGGUGCUCUCGAGCACAAGGAGCGGUUGUUUUAAGCAGCGCACGGAUGGCUUGAACACACUUUCAAAUUCAAUGAGCUAUGUUUAAACAGACUCAAGGCCACCAGCAGCAAAAACAACACGUUGGUUUAUUGGGAGGAUUCAGUGCAGCUAUAUUAACCUGACUGGGCUUCUUUGUUUUGAAUCCUAUCGUUUAGCCUCUAACUGACUUUCCUCAAAGUCUUUGUGCCACGUGUCCUUUUCCACGGUGCCUUUCUCAUUCUAUCUACAUCUCCUUUGCUUUGUGGUGGGGGCCACGGCCCCUACGACAACAACAACCUCAAAUUAAAGACGUCAAAGAUAAGCUUUCUAAGAAUGAGCUCUUCAGCGGUUUAGCCAUCCCCCACCGCCACGACGGAAAAUGUCAAAACACAUGACAAGUAUGUUUCUGAGGCGCUGUUGCCGUCUCGCUUAAGUCGAUUAGACAAGCGAACAAGCAAGGGGAACUGUGUUUGGGUGCACUAAGACUCAGCGGCCCUCAAAGGAUACUCUAGGAAAAAAGAGACUUCACGCAGUAGUGAACUAUUGAGUCGCAUUCUGUUUUACGGUUUGAUGCACAAAUGGUUUUCCAAGGGGAUUGGAGGAAUGUUGUGAAUCAAUGUACUCAGCAGCUGACAACAUCUGUUUUGCCAAGAUGUGACAGUGAGAUUAUGUGUGAAUAACAUUCACAAAACAAUUGAGCCUUUAAUUUUGUUUGAUUUGUGAGAGUGUUGUGUAUGUGUUGUGUGUGUGUGUGUGUGUGUGUGUGUGUGUGUGUGUGUGUGUGUGUGUGUGUGUGUGUGUGUGGCUGUGUGUGUGUGUACGUGUGUACGUGUGUUUUUGUGUGCCUAUGUUUCGGUUUAAAACGACAAACACUAAAAUACUCACAUGUAGUCCUUAAAUUCUAUAUUUAUAUUCCAGUAUUGUGUAUAUAGAACUGUAUACUUUAUAGCUGUAUACAAACAGUGAUUUGUUGGUUAACUCAUGCUACUAGAAAUAAUAAACUUGUGUUUGUUUAAUCGAUCCUGUUUUUCCUCCGGUCAAGUUCCACAAACUGUUAGAUGACCUUUGUAAUCCGUUUCUUAAAAGGUCAUGACAUUGCAUUAUCACUUUAAGAACCCCCAGAAUGAAGGGCAUUGGUGUACAUGUCUGUUGACUCAUUAUAAGGGGGUGUGAUCCAGAGCAGUGUCAUGUCACACAUUUACAUCUCAGAUUCCCCUGGGCCCAAUUGGUUGGAACAGAGCGAUCCGUCAUGGUUGCACAUAUUUGGUGCGGGACAGAGUGUGGUUCAUCAUAAACAAGGACUAUAACAAAUAAAAUACUGUCUGGAGAAAAUGA